AUGCAGCAGCAGCAGCAGCAGCAGCAGCAGCAACAGCAGCAGCAGCAGCAGGAGCAGAAGGGGCAGCAGCAGCAGGAGGAGCAGCAGGAAGAACAGCAGCAGCAGCAGAAGAGUACAUGUCUUCUGCCGUUGCUGGAGGGAUGCAUGCCGCCCAUUAACCACCAGCAGCAGCAGCAGCAGCAGCAGCAGCAACAGCAGCAGCAGCAGCAGCAGCAGCAGCAGCAGCCGUGUCAGCAGCAGCAGCAGCAGCAGCAGCAACAGCAGCAGCAGGAGAAACAGCAGCAGGAGAAACAGCAACAGCAGGAGGAGCAGCAGCAGCAGCAGUAG